AUGGUUGAGAUUUGCUUGAUGGCUUCACAUGGCUACCCUCCUGGCCUCAUCUUCCAUCACGAACAAGUGGGCAUGGCUAGAAUAUCCAAGGAUCAUCUUCAUUUUCCUCCCUAUAUUGGAGUGAAACAAGAUCAAUCUCAGUCGCACUCUAUCAAUAUAAGUCUGCAUCAAAGAGAGGAGUGGAAUUCCAUAAAUGGGCCUUUGGACAGUGACCAAAUUUUCAGGGUUGACUCAACUGUUAAAAGACCUGUUACCACUGAUGUUCAAGAUACUAAUUCAAACUCAAUACCGUUUGGCUUUGGGAUUGCUGACAAAUGCGCAAGGCAGGAGAAGAUCUUGAAGUUACUCACAUCUGGAUCGAGUGAAGUAGAAGGUGGUUUGUUAAACUUGUCUAUGCUUCUGAACUUGAUCGGGCCUGGUGCGCUGUUUACAGAUUUAUCUCAAGAGCCAUUUGCUCCUUAUCAUAGAUGGCAUUUUAGCGAUGCCGAGUCUCAGCAAUCUCUUAUAUAUCCAACCCGGGAAUUGUACUUCGAGAACCCUAUGGUGGACGUGAAGGGGGAUUUAGGCAGUUCAGAAAUCACAUAUCAUUCUGAUGGCCAACUCUCAGUUGCUGGUUCUGUUGACAUGAACUAUGUACUUUCUGUUAUUGCUGAGUUUUACUUGUCAAAGAGCACAGUCAAGUCGAGUAAGCAAUCAAUGCUGGUCCCUUUCUUCGAGAGAAGGAGAAGAGGAGCAAGUGCUAAGUCAGUGCUUGAAACUGUAAAAACUGCACCUCUUUACAGUCCUGAGAAAGUAAAGGGUAAAAUAUCACAUAAGAAAAAGAGCAAUAGAAAACCCGGUGAAGAAAGGAAUCUCUACGGGAACAAAUACAUUUUUGCAUGCGAAAGUCUUCUGUCCAUAAUGGCCGAUAGGAAGCACAACGGAAAAACUGCAAUUUUUUCAUUGAAGAAAUCUGGUCCUGAACUACCCCAUCUUCUAACCCAAUUUUCUGCAAGCAUUGCUGGGACUGGUAUUGCCGUUCUUUUCUCCGUUGUCUGCAAAGUUGCUUGUGGUCGAGUCCCCUUUUGUGCAUCCAAACUUUUGAACACGGGUUUAGGAUUGGGACUGGUUUGGCUUUCUUGGGCUAUCCAUAAACUUCGGGAUACGGUUAUCUCGAUUAGCAAGAAUUCUGGAAAGUUGGCCUUAAAAGAAGAGGAAAUGUUGAAUAAUCUCGACAGAAGUUUAAAAGAUAUCUACUUCAGAAUAGCAGCAUUAAUGGCGGUCACAGUUCUCAGGCUCGCAUGA